AAAAGUUUAUUCUGCUUUCAUAAAAUGUUUCAAUAGUAUUUAUUUUCUGAAGUAUACUGAACAGCAAAAUGUGGCCCUGGAGUAUGCUGGCAAACACAAAAGAAUUAGGCUUUUGGUCGUUUUCCAGGUUGCUAAUCCAGUCCAUAUAAUAACACAAAAGAAAAUCUAUUUGGAUCAGAAACAUCUGGAUACUCACUCACUGUAGAUGAACCAAUGUCUUGCUACUCAAAAUGUGCCCUCAUCCCAGUGGUUCAACAUACCCAGGGAACUUAAUAGACAUGAAGAAUCACGGGCCUUGCCCCAGGCAUGCUAACAUAAAAUUUACAUGUCAACAGUAUCCUCAGGUGAUUUAUAUGCCCAUGAAAUUUGAAAAAUUGAAAUUCCAUCAAAGCUAAAAAUUUUGGAUAGUACUUUGUGAAAACAAGGUAAAAUAAUUUUAAGAGCUAAGCUUUAAGUUUCCCUUUUUACUUAUAGGCCACAUUUUGUGUUUUACAUUUGAGAAAAGCAAACUAAGGAUGAUGAGAAGAUUCAUUUGCUUUUUGUAAAGUGCUACACACACAUACACACAAAUAUGUUUGACUACUAUUACUUUUUUUCAGGUUUACUCAAAUGAAUUCUCAAGAUUAACUCUGAAGCCAUGGAAUAAAACAAAUAGAGAUCAUGUAUUGUUCUCCAAAGAUUCUCCAUCAUAUACCUGUAGAGCUGGUCUACACCAUGGUCUUGUCAUAGGAAAUAGCAAAAUAGUAAGAGUGGGAUGUUAGAAUGAGAUCAACAACUAACUUUACCUUUGAACAGAUGUUAAAUUGCAGUGUAUGGAGCUCAAUUUACUAUUAUCAAAUGUCUUCCCCAUAAAAAUACACAUUUAACUCACUGGAAAGACACUCAGAGUUUUAGGCAGACAAACAAAUGUACAUGAACAUCUAACCUGCUUUGAAAUUCUAAACAUUUCUAUUAAACACUGGGUCAAAAUUCCAGUUCUUGUUGAGUUGUUUUUCCUUCUUUGCAGCUCUCUUGCUGGACUUGACUAAAUGAAGAAGUUAGGUUUGUCUUCUGCAAUAGUCUAAGGCUUUUAGAAAAUUCAACUUGGGUUGUCCUCAAUAAUAAAAGUCGUGUCUGAAUUUACUUCUGAUCCUGGGUAGAUCUUCACGUAUUAGAUACAGGGCAUAGAAACUCUCAGCAUCCUAGUGUAGCUGUAUUCUAGGUACAAAUACUGUUGAAGAUAACUCAGUGGCAGAGCUUUAAAACAGUCUCUGUUUCACUCUAGAGUAAUUUUUAUUCAAGUUACUUUUUACGUUUGUUGCUUGGCUGUGAAAAUAUUAUACACUGGGUCUUCCUUUGGCAUCCUGAAAGCUGGGACAUGGACAAGGUAAACCAGACAUUUGUGAGAGAAUUCAUUCUUCUGGGACUCUCUGGUUACCCCAAACUUGAGAUCAUUUUCUUUGCUCUGAUUCUAGUUAUGUAUGUAGUGAUUCUAAUUGGCAAUGGUGUUCUGAUCAUAGCAAGCAUCUUGGAUUCUCGUCUUCACAUGCCCAUGUACUUCUUUCUGGGCAACCUCUCUUUCCUGGAUAUCUGCUAUACAACCUCCUCCAUUCCCUCAACAUUGGCGAGCUUAAUCUCAAAGAAAAGAAACAUUUCCUUCUCUGGAUGUGCAGUGCAGAUGUUCUUUGGGUUUGCGAUGGGGUCAACAGAAUGUUUACUUCUUGGCAUGAUGGCAUUUGAUCGUUACGUGGCCAUCUGUAACCCUCUGAGAUAUCCCAUCAUCAUGAGCAAGAUGGUGUAUGUACUGAUGGCUUCUGUAUCAUGGCUUUCCAGUGGAAUCAAUUCAAUUGUGCAAACAUCACUUGCCAUGCGAUUGCCUUUCUGUGGGAACAAUGUUAUUAAUCAUUUCUUAUGUGAGAUCUUAGCUGUCCUAAAAUUAGCUUGUGCUGAUAUAUCUCUCAAUAUUGUUACCCUAGCAGUGUCAAAUACUGCUUUUCUAGUUCUUCCUCUGCUCGUGGUUUUUUUCUCCUAUAUAUUCAUCCUCUACACCAUCUUGCAAAUGAACUCAGCCACAGGAAGACUCAAGGCAUUUUCUACGUGCUCAGCUCACCUGACUGUGGUGAUCAUAUUUUAUGGUACCAUUUUCUUUAUGUAUGCAAAACCGAAGUCGCAGGGCCUCCUUUGGAAAGACAACUUGCAAGCUACAGAGGGGCUUGUUUCCAUGUUUUAUGGGGUUGUGACCCCCAUGUUAAACCCCAUAAUCUAUAGCUUGAGAAAUAAAGAUAUAAAAGCUGCUAUAAAAUAUUUGCUGAGUAGGAAAGCUAUUAACCAGUAAGACCAAAGGGAUAUAUGAGUCUUUUACAUAUAAUUAGCUUGCAUUAGCCAUUUCACAAUGUAUAUGUGAUAUGGUUUGGCUGUAUCCCCACCCAAAUCUUGAAUUGUAGCUCCCAUAGUCCCCAUAUGUUGUAGGAUUGACAUGGUGGGAGGUAAUUGAAUCAUAGAAGUGGGUUUUUCACAUACUGCUCUCGUGGUGGUGAAUAAAUUUCAUG